AUGCCCGGGACGCCAACGUCUGCGCCAUUGACCUAUCGCGAGAAGACAGCGAUUUGGUCACGGGUGGUUCUAGGCCUCAUUGCAGACCUCAGCUCGCUCACCCCACACCUCAACGAAGCAUGCGCCUUUUUGCAAGCCAUCCGCUCCUCCGGAGCAUCCGCCUUGCUAUUUCUGCCAGCAGAUCAUUUCCUCUUCCAGGCGCCACCGUUCUGCGAAGCACUCCACGACGGGGGGCUAUUUCUAUGCCCGGAACCAGAUUCAGAGAGGAUUCUCAUAGCCACAGCUCCCUUGCCCACGUGGCCUUGCGUCGACCCGGGUCUUGCAGCUCUGGAGGCAGCAGGACGAUUUGCUGCCAUGCCACUCUCUACCACACCAGCUCAGCCUCCAACUCUAGCAUCCGCCCUACAAUGCCAUGGAGAACUGGCACAUGACAGGGCCCCCAUCUGUGAUGGCGCUGGCAACACCAGCUCCGCGGACUGGAGCCGACCUCAGCCGAGUCCUGCAGCCAUGCAAGACAUUAUGCAAGCCUGGCUCAAAUGGGAAUCCCAACGCGACAUGCCCAAACGAGUCUUUGCACACCUCGCCCAAAGCAAACCAGAUCACCCCAUCCCAGAAGAAGACCAACUUGAGCUCAUUCGGAUAGCCUGCGAGGUCAUGGAAUGGGACUACGACUCCAUGACGCAAGCAGCCGAAGGACAGCCUUUUCGUCUCAAUCUUAUGCAAGCCUUUGCAGACCUCCUCAACGACCCAGACAAAGAUCUCCCAGCCUUGUUACGCGUGGGGGUGCAUACAGGAGUCUUUGACCCCAUUGAGCCCUCGGGGCUGUGGCCACUAGCCAAGAUCCAGCCUCUGGCCUCAUCAGGAUUGGAGGUAUGUGAGGGGAACUGGAAGCCAGCCGAGGCAGACCCGGAUACAGUACGAAGCCUUCUAGCAGACGAAGAAGCCGCAGGAUGGAUACAACCCGUGCCAGGUCCACCUCCACCGCCCGCGGCGGCUCCGUCUAGUACGUUCGUCUCCGAGCUCAUCGACUUCGUGCUGACGCCAAACGACAUUACCCAGGACACUCAGGCGGAGGUGGUGCCCUUUGUGAUCACGAUCGGCCUGCGUUCGGAAGGAGCCCAGAAAGUGUUCCACGGCCUCCGACUCCUCUCCGGAAAUGCGGUGAUGAAGUUGCUGGGAGCCCGCCUCCGGCCAGAACGGGGCCAGAGGCAACCUUUGGCCAAGCAGGUGGAGACGGCCUACAAAGCCACCCACUACUGCGACUGGCAGAGGGAGAAGAGCUGGAAGUAG